CAUGCUUGUAUUCAGAGCGACUACUAAAAGAGUUCGGUUGACUUCUGUUCUAUCAGGAAAUGGUUUGGUGAAUUUCCAGAGAUUGAAAUCUUCUGAAUCUGGCAAGGGCGGUGAUUUUUCAGAUGAGAAAAAGACCCAGAAUCAGAAUGAAAAAGCCAACGAGAACAACGACUUAAUUUCUCAAGACAAUAGAGAUGUUUCUCAGUUUAAAAUCAGAUCUGCUUCGUCUCGCUCGGCUCCAGCACCCAUAGAUGCUCAAGAUACCGGUUUGGACCGUCUUGUGAAAAGAAACAACAAACCAUAUAUACCUAAGUUGAAACAUGACAGAGUCAGUUUUGAGUAUCCUGGCUUACCCAACGAAGACGAUUUCGCAAAGGCUCAACAGCCGAAGACAACCACCAGAUGGUCUCGUUAUGUGCCGAAGAUUUUGACCGCUUUGGCUGUCGUCUGGGGUGCAUAUACCGUGAAGGUGUGGAUCUAUGCUCCUGAAAAUGGUGCUGACAGUAAAGAGUUGCUUGAUCCUCUGGAAUUCCAUAAAUUCAUAGUCACUCACAAGGAAGAAAUCGAUGAUGAUCACUACUUGAUUGAGCUUUUACCCAAGCAUUCCAAGUGGCAAUACAGUUACAAUCUUAACUAUGAGCUGAAGUCCAUCUGGAAUGGGGACAGAAUAUGGUCUGUAGAUGUCAAGCAACCAGACAUCAUGGUUGUCAGAGCAUAUACACCGUUACCGUUGUACUUUUUAAAGUCUGAAUACACCAGAUCAGGUGAAAGGAAACCACUUUUGAAGGUUAUCAACAACG